AUGUUGCAGAGACGACUUGCCAUGGCCGAUCGCAGCAUGACCCUGCAGCUAGCCUUUGCGGCCAUCCUCCUCUUCAUCCUGUGCGGCGGCGGCGGCAGCACCUGCAGCGCCUUGCGGUUCGCGUACCAGAGCUUCGACGCGGCCAGCGAGGCCGACUUCAGCUUCACCCCGGGCGCCACCGUCUCCAACCGCUCCCUGCAGAUCACGCCCGACGCCGGCGACAUGACCCACCGGUCGGGGAGGGUCAUGUACGCCAGAGACACCCUCAAGCUCUGGAAAAACAGCGACCGCACGGCGCUCACCUCGUUCAAGACGGAGUUCGUGCUCAACAUCGUCCCCAGGAACGGCACCGGGGAAGGCAUGGCCUUCAUCCUCACCAACAACCCGGCCCUGCCCAGCGACAGCAGCGGGCGGUGGCUCGGCCUAACCAACAACCAUACCGACGCCGCGCCGGCGAACCGGAUCGUCGCGCUCGAGUUCGACACGCGGAGGAGCUUCGACGCCGACUUGGACGGUAACCACGUCGGACUCGACCUCAACAGCGUGCGGUCCCUCGGGCAGAUGCCGCUCAGCAACUUCUCCAUCGUCCUCUCCAGGGGGGCCGACGUCGAUGUCACGUUCGAGUACGACGGCAAAAUGAUGAGCGUCCUCGUGGUGCAAGGGGGGCUCGCCUUCACCUACGCCUGGUACACCGACCUGUCGCGGUAUCUCCUGGACAACAUCUCCGUGGGUUUCGCGGCUUCCACCGGCGAGUUCGCACAGCUGAACCAGGUCAAGUCCUGGAACUUCACCACGGUCGACGACGCGGGCGCCGGAGGUGACGGUGGGUAUCGGUUGAGGCGCCAGAAGGUAUUUCUCGCCGUGCUGGUCCCGCUCACCGUCGGCGUGCUGCUCAUGGCGUUGCUCGUGUGGAGAAGGCUGACGCGGCAGACGAGGCUGGCGUACCGCAACCUCGAGAAGAUGAUCGACGCCCAUGGCCCCGUCAGGUUUAAGCUCAGGGAGCUCAGGAACGCCACCGGCGACUUCAGCGACGGCCGUAAGCUCGGCCGAGGCGGCUCCGGCACCGUUUACCUCGGGUAUCUGAGGAGGAUGAGCAUGGAGGUGGCCGUGAAGCGGGUGUCCACGAACGUCAACUCCAACCGCGGCGAGAAGGAGUUCGUGGCGGAGGUGAACACCAUCAGCAAGCUGUCGCACCGGAACCUCGUGAAGCUCAUCGGCUGGUGCCACAAGAAGAGCGAGCUGCUCCUCGUCUACGAGUACUUCCCCAUGGGCAGCCUCGACAAGCUCCUCUACGCCAGAGAGAGGACCGCGUCGUCGACGUCGUCGAUGUCGGCGUCCACGGACACCCCGGAGCUCACAUGGGAGCGGCGGUACAAGAUCAUCCGCGGCGUGGCAUCGGCGCUGGACUACCUGCACCACGGGAGCAGCAGGCGGAUCCUGCACCGGGACGUCAAGGCCAGCAACGUGAUGCUGGACGAGGAGUACAACGCGCGGCUGGGGGACUUCGGCCUCGCACGCGUCAUCCAGCACGACGGCGCCACGCACCACUCCACGCAGGUGGUGGCCGGCACCCGCGGCUACAUGGCGUACGAGAGCUUCUUCACCGGCCGCGCCAGCCUCGACACCGACGUGUACGCGUUCGGGGUCUUCGUCAUGGAGGUGGUCAGCGGGAGGAGCCCCAGCAACGCCGUGCAGUACCAGUACGUCCACGACAGCGACCACCGUGGCGGUGGCGAGGAGGAGUACUGGAGAGGCGGGCGAGGGCGACACGCCACGCCGAUGCACAUCGUGGACUGGAUGUGGAGGCUGUACGGCGAGGGGAAGGCGCUGCACGCCGCCGCCCCGUUGCUCGGCGGCGAGUUCGAGCAGGCGCAGGUGGACUGCGCGGUGAGACUGGCGCUGGCGUGCUGCCACCCGAACCCGAGGGAGAGGCCGUCCAUGAGGGCGGCCGUGCAGGUGCUGAUCGACGGAGCGCCCGCGCCGGAGCCCCCGUUGAACAAGCCUGCGUUUGUUUGGCCUCCGGGUGGCAAUCGGCAGGAGAUGGAGCUGCCGGACGUCGGGUUGCUGUUCACGGGAGACGCCGGGCAGCACAGUAGCUUCUGCUCCAUGAGCUGUUCCAUCUCAGGGAGGUGA